UUUUCCCUCAAAGCCACCAGAGCACCAAGGCUUCCCCGGUCUUGAUACUCAGCUGCUCAUCCUCUUCUGGGUGCCUGUGGCUGGGCUACCAGGACAGUAGCUAGGGAAGUCACCCAAGAUGGCAUGGAAUACUAACCUUCGGUGGCGACUGCCACUCACCUGUUUCAUCUUACAGGUGGUCAUGGUGGUCCUUUUUGGGGUGUUCGUGCGCUAUGAUCCUGAGGCUGAUGCACACUGGAUUGAGAAGAGGCACGGUAACAUUUCCAGCGACAUAGAGAAUGACUUCUACUACCGGUAUCCAAGUUUCCAGGACGUCCAUGUUAUGAUCUUUGUGGGUUUUGGCUUCCUCAUGACCUUCCUGCAGCGCUAUGGUUUUGGUUCUGUUGGUUUCAAUUUCCUCUUGGCGGCUUUUGGAAUCCAGUGGGCACUGCUGAUGCAAGGCUGGUUCCACUCCUUCCAUGAUGGCUACAUCCUCAUCGGUGUGGAGAACCUCAUCAAUGCAGAUUUCUGUGUAGGCUCUGUCUGUGUGGCCUUUGGAGCUGUCCUUGGCAAGGUCAGCCCCAUACAGCUGCUCAUCAUGACCUUGUUCCAGGUGACCCUCUUUUCAGUGAAUGAGUACAUCCUCCUCAACCUUCUCCAGGUAAAGGAUGCUGGUGGCUCUAUGACCAUCCACACAUUUGGGGCCUACUUUGGACUUACAGUGACCUGGAUCCUCUACCGGCCCAACCUGGCACAGAGCAAGGAGAGGCAGAGCUCUGUGUACUACUCAGACAUCUUUGCCAUGAUUGGCACCUUGUUCCUGUGGAUGUACUGGCCUAGCUUUAACUCAGCUGUUUCCAACCAUGGAGAUGCCCAGCACCGGGCAGCCAUCAAUACCUACUGCUCCCUGGCUGCCUGUGUGCUCACCAGUGUGGCCCUCUCCAGCGCCCUGCAACGGAAGGGCAAGCUUGACAUGGUUCACAUCCAGAAUGCAACACUUGCUGGUGGCGUGGCUGUGGGGACAGCAGCUGAGAUGAUGCUCAUGCCCUAUGGUUCUCUUAUUGUUGGCUUCAUCUGUGGCAUUGUAUCCACCGUGGGCUUUGUCUACUUGACGCCAUUCCUAGAGUCUCGGCUGCGUAUCCAAGACACCUGUGGCAUCAACAAUCUGCAUGGCAUGCCAGGCAUCAUCGGGGGCAUUGUAGGUGCUGUCACUGCCAAUGAAGCUAGUAUAGCUGUCUAUGGACAAGAAGGGCUCAAGAAAGUCUUUGACUUUGAAGGCUCCAAAAGUGGAUGGAGCCCUCGAAAGCAGGGCCAAUACCAGGCAGCAGGCAUCUUUGUGUCUCUGGCCAUGGCCUUUGUGGGAGGUGCCAUAGUAGGCUUUAUUUUGAAACUUCCAUUUUGGGGACAACCUGCAGAUGAAAACUGCUUUGAGGAUGAGGUCUAUUGGGAGGUGCCUGAAGCUGAGAAGAGCAACAGCUACCAUCAUGAGGAUACUACCCUCAAGCCUAUGGCAUCAUAACACAGAUACCCACUACCUGUGGAAGAGGAGCAGGCCUCCUUUGGACCAUCUCAGUCUUGGUGACCUCAGGAAUGAGAGUAUGUUUUUCCUGGGAGCCAGACUUGAUGCACUGACAUGCUCCCCACCUCCACCCUCUGGAUUCUCAACCCAUCCACUUUUCUACCUUCAGUCUCCUACCUCCAAGCACAGGAUUUUUGACUCUUCAAAGAAUCUCCAAGGCAGAGAUUGACAUGCUGCCUGGGAGAAGUCUGAGUACAGAGGAAGAGGAACAGAUAAGGGGGGGGGGGGGAGUAACCUGAGAUUGGG